UUGCACCUUUCAACAGUCAGAUUGUUAGCUUUUGAUAGUUUUCAAUGAUUGUUCAAUAUCCUGGCAUCUCAGCACAGUACGAAAGCUGGCAAAUAUGUACUGACUGGUUGAAGGUAGGGCCCUUACCAUGUGUUAUCCUGUCAACUAAGAGCAUAGUAGAUAAACAACCAGAACCAAGAAGAAAACCAUAGCAACAAUACAAACAUCUGUUCAUGGAUGGAUUGAAAUCACAAGGCCAUGGCAAGAGAUAAGGACAUGUCAGAUAGGAUGGAAAGCUCAUCACUGCUCUACAAUGCCAGCAACCAUAGUUUGGAAUAUCACGAAGACUUCCACCAGCACACCAUUUAUCCACUCUUCAGCACUCUAAUGACCCUCAUCAUGGUGAUCUCAAUUGCCGGUAAUUCUGUAGUAGUUGCAGCAAUGGCAAAAACAAAAAGACUUCAGAAACUGAGACACUUCUUCAUCUAUUCUCUGGCACUGUCAGACAUUGGGGUGGCAGUCACCGCCAUGCCUUUCCACACUAUUCAACUAUAUCAAGGGGGCUGGAGGCUCCCCUGGACGGCAUGCAUGGUCUAUCAAGGGUUUGACAUUUCCUGUAAUACAGUCUCAGUAUUCAACUUGGUGGCAAUAAGUCUGGAGAGAUUUUACUCCAUUUCAUACCCUAUGCAGUAUGACAGAUGUGUCACUUCCAGAAAGCUCAAAUGGAUUAUUUUUAUGCUGUGGUUUGCGUCAUUUACCUACGGCUUUCUGCAAUUGCUCUGGCUUGACAGAGGCAGCUUCGAGAAUAACUCUGACAUUCUUGAUAAAUGCACUUAUAAGCCUGACUUUAUAUACAGUAUUGUGGUAAGAAUUCUUGAGUUUUGGCUUCCACUGUGUACCAUGGUAGUUGUAUACUUCCGUAUAUACUGCAUUGUAAAACAGCAAGUGAAGAUGCAUGAGAAACUAAUGCACAGAAUUACCUCCAGUAAUGUCUUAUCAGAGCAGGGUUCUGAACUGCACCAGCGUGAACCAUUGCUCAGUGUUAAAGAAGAGGACGAAAAUGAGGAAAACAAGGAUUCAACCUCAAUACAAAUAAAUAUACAUGGUUUGGAAAAAUGCUCCACAUAUGAUGGUGAUUUAUUCAAGGAUUUUGUUCUUAACUAUAAGAAAUAUUACGAAAAACCUGUAAAAAAAGAAUACAUAAGGAAACGCAGGAAUACUGCAUGCAUGUCUCGUCCAAUUUUAAGAAAACAAAGGCCAAGACAACUUAAAACUUACAGAUCUGCUUCCCUUCCAAGUGAUCUUGAUCAAAAUUCUACUUUCCUGCCUGCUUGGAUGCAUGAAAUCCAGAUACGUAUCAAUCCCUACCAAAACAAUGCUAGUCAUGCUGAUGAGAAAAAUGAAUACCGUAACUACUCAAGAGAAAUCUCAACUACAAUGAAGGACAUCAUACAAAAUCCUCUGGACCUUCAGACCACUGCUUUCAGCUUCAUGCCAGGGACUAGACCCAGGAGGGUCUCGAUGGUGAAAGGAUGCACAGUAGAAGGCAUGGAAAUCAAACCACAGAAAAAUAAACUCUACAUUAAAUUUAAGAAAUGGUAUAAAACGCACAAGGCCAAGUUACGUCGAAGGUUACACAAAGAUAGUUUUGCUUCGAAGUUAUUUGCAUUAAUCAUAGCUGCAUUUGUGAUCUGUUGGAGUCCAUAUGGAGUGACAUUGUCCCUGCACACUCCUUGUGCUACAGACUACUGCGUCCACUCUAUUUUCUGGGAAUUUGUUGUACUACUUAAGUAUGCUAACUCUGCUGUCAAUCCUUUUAUAUAUGCAUUUUACAGUAAGGAAUUCCGUGAUGCAUUUUGGAGAGUACUACAUUGUCAUCCACAUAAAAAUCUAUUUGAGAGAAAUAGCACCACAUCCUUUAAGUAAUGUUCACAGUAGGUAAUAUAAGCGAAAAACUUCACACAGGAAUACUGCAUGCAGUGCAUGGGGUAUGUUUUAUUUGAAGAGGCAGAGUUUUUUAUGUAAUUUUAUGGUCAUAUACUGUGGACAAAAAACAAUGAAAAAAUAAAACAUUAAUAUAUAUAUGUAUAGUGAGUGCUAUAAAGCACUAUACAUUUGACAGACAAAAAAAAAAAAAAAAAAA